AUGCACUUAUCAAAUGGGCAAAAGCAUCAUCGAGAUUGUCUUGUGUAUUGUAAGGAUCUUGACAGAGUAUUUUGCUUCUGCUGUAAAGUCUUCAAGACCAAACGACAACUUUCUCAGUUAGCACAUGAUGGAAUAAGGGACUGGGGGCACCUUUCUCACAAUUCUCUCAAUUUGACAUUAUCUGAUGUUGCAAACUCUUGUCAAAAAGUAGAAGAAUUUUUUGGAGUUGUUCAACCUCUUGAAAUAAGAGAAGCUUUACAUCAGCUUGCCGAGAAAACAAAAGAUUCUGGUAUUAAAAGUGAAGCCAAGUGUCUAGCAGAUUAUGAACUUGGAAAAUUUGAGUUUAUUGUAGGGAUGGUUAUCUGGUAUAAUAUCUUGGCUAAAGUGAAUAUUGUCAGUAAACAAUUGCAGUAUGAAAAUAUGAGGAUUGGUGUAGCAAUGGAUAGUGUGAAGACACUUAUUGCAUUCUUUAGAAAGUACAUAGAAGUAGGGUUUGAGAAUGCGUUGAAUUGUGCCAAAGAAAUUGUUGUUGAAUUGUAUAUUGAUCUAGUGUUUCCAGAGAAGAAAAGGGAAAGAAAAGUUCUUAAGAAAAAAUAUUUUGAUGAGAUUGACUCUGAAAAUCAGCCAUCUGAACCACCUAGCGAAGAAUCAAGUCAAGAAUCCUUCAGAAUUCAUUACUUUUUAUACAUAAUUAAUGAAGCAAUUGGUUCAUUGGAGAAAAGGUUUGAGCAAUAUGAGCAACAUGAGGAGACAUUUGGGUUCUUAUUUACGGCAGAGAAGCUAAAGUCCUUGGAUUCUGUUAACCAAAAAAGAAGCUGCAACAACAUUGAGAAGAAGCUGGAGAAUGGCCACACUUCUGACAUUACAGGUGAUGAUUUAUUAAAUGAAUUUGGACUAUUACAAAAACAUUUACCAAAUGAGCUUGAUUCAACUAGUGCAAUCCUAAAUUUCUUGAAAAGAGCUAAUUGUUAUUCUACUAGUUGUCUUGCAUAUAGAAUUAUGUUAACAGUUCCAGUGACAGUAGCAUCAGCUGAAAUAAGCUUUUCAAAGCUAAAAAUAUUGAAAUCUUACUUGCGUUCGACCAUGUCACAAUAA